AUGGAGAUUAUGCUCGCUCUUACGCCGCUUUGGCACCAGAGAAUUCCACUGGAUUUCAAUGACAGGGCGCUGCUGACGGACUGGCUAUGUGUUAUCUACGUACCUCCGCCGUUAUACAGCGAUAAUCCAGACAGAAUAUGUUACUCACGCCAGCAGACUGCCCAGCAAAGCUCUAGCCUACCUUAUUCCCGUGAAUAUGGAUUCCGUCAGGCUUGCCUUUUGAAAGGUACGUUCAACCAUGGUUCAGGUCGACGGUCAACCUUGGAAUAUACAUCUAACAUUCAUGACAUCAUUGAUUCAUGGCCUAUAUAUUUAUCCCAGCCGCCCAGAGCCUCUUCUCAGUCUUCUUUUCAUCAAACUUAUACUCGUUCGAAUUUUUAUACCCAAUACCCUGGCUUGAAUAUAAUCAAAAAUACAUCAAAAAACAACAUACGAAUCGCCAUGGCUCUGUGCUCCAGCUUCGGGAUCUUCGCCAAGUUGCCAUAUGAGCUCCGGGAGCUAAUCUGGCUCGAGUUCCUCCCUGCUGGUCGAGACGAUGAAUCAAAUACUAUAGCAUCAACAUCCGUCAGGACCUCGGCCGCGGUAGACCUCAGAGUACUCCGUGCUAGCAAAAAUCUCUACAACGAGAUAUCAUAUGUGUUAUAUUCAAAGACACAUCUGUGUUUCGAUCUCCGUCCCCUACAGAAUGAAGACGCUUCAUUCUGGAGUACCCUUCGUUUCAAGAGGCGUGUUAGAAAGAAAGAAUUUUACGACGGCGGAGCAGUCUGGAGACUUGAAAGCGGAUAUGCUAAGAGAGACACCUACUUUGAUCACUUUCCCUUUCAUAAGGUGGCCGUCAUUGAAAUCGGUCUACGUGGAUCAGACAACGCAUCCCACUUUUUCUGGAUGUGGAGAAAUGUUGUCAGAACGCUCGAGUUACUGGGGACAGCGCCAUCACUUCCACCCAUAGUUAUUCGACUCUAUGGGAAUAAGGACGGCUAUAAUAUUGGCUAUAACACCUGGUUGCCUCUUCGAAAACGUGUGGGGCUAAAAUGGGUAGAUAGUGGCCAUGGGUGGCGUUAUCGUGACACCCUAGUGCCAUAUAUAUUUGAUACUUUGGUCCUCCCAUUCUUUUCCAGGCUAGGAAGCGCGGUAUCCAUUCGAAUUAAAGUCCACUCUAGACAAAUAAUGGAUACUAUGGACUGGACGGAAAUUCGCUUUGCCAAUGGGGUCCUUUCCAGGAGGUUGGAGGGUUGCGAUUCCCCUGAACUCCAACGAGAUGAGCGUAAGCUGUUCCAGGAGGUUUAUUUAGCUUACUUUGAGAUGUAUGACUUGCUCUCCUAUCAUCCCACUUACGCACUGAGUGGUAUGACCAGACCCUCCUAUCUAUUAUCCAACAGCCUGCCGGGGUUUGAUCUACCAGUGAAAAAGGAAGAAGGAAGAAAAUGUUAUUACACUCACUUAUUAUACUCUGUGUUGUCUAGGAAGAAUUCUCGCUUCGUGAUGGCUGAGCCGGGCCCGUCGGACUCAAUAGAUAGCAGCCUCCCAGUGCAAUGUCAACCUAUGUAUUCUUCUGCUUUUUCCCCCGGCAAUAUUGAUAGCAAGCAACUCGGGGGGGAAUCACGCCAGGCCAGCGGGAAAUAUGGUGGCAGAGAAAGAACGUCCAGAGAGUCACUUCGAUCGAUGGUUUUGAGUGGUUAUAUGUAUUUCCUUGGUCGAAUAAUAAACGGGUUUAUAUAA